GGGUUCUCCCUCCGUGAUCAUCGCAUCCAUGAUCCAGGGAGAGAGAGAGCAGUAAUGGCGGCCGGGUAGCUCCACACACCAACACCGCGUCCGCAAUUAGCCGCACUCACCGCAGCCCUCCGGGGGCAGCCAGCUUCACACACCGCGGCGGAGCCAGCGCGACAGACACGGCGUGGAGACACGGGCUUAAGGGUGGCCGGGAAUCCUUCAGCGGACCGUAGCUGCCUGGGACUUUCCUUCUACUUUUCUAAAAAAAACAAAACAAAACAAAAAAACAUGGACGAGCACCCCGGCGGAGGAGGGGUCGCAGCGGGCAGCCCGCGACAGCCGCCGCCGCAGCAGCAGCAGCAGCAGCAGCAGCAGCAAGGGAGCAACAGCAACGCUAAUCCGCCGAUCGGAGGCGGCGGCAGCGGAGGAGCCAUGGUGCCGCACCAACCGGACGAGAUGCCCCGGCCGCAGCAGCAGCAGCAGUACACGAUCCCCGGCAUCCUGCACUACAUCCAGCACGAGUGGGCCCGGUUCGAGAUGGAGAGGGCGCACUGGGAAGUGGAGAGGGCCGAGCUCCAGGCGAGGAUAGCGUUCCUCCAGGGGGAAAGGAAAGGUCAGGAGAACCUGAAGAACGACCUGGUUAGAAGAAUAAAAAUGUUAGAAUACGCUUUAAAACAAGAAAGAGCAAAAUAUCACAAGUUAAAAUACGGAACAGAGUUAAACCAAGGGGAGAUGAAGAUGCCAAGCUUUGAAUCAGACACCAAAGACUCAGAGGUCUCUGCUGUUCCUGCCAACAGUCAGCUCACCUGGAAACAAGGAAGACAACUACUCAGACAGUACCUGCAGGAAGUAGGAUACACAGACACCAUCCUGGACGUUCGUACUCAGAGGGUUCGCUCUCUGCUUGGCCUGUCAGGCUCUGAGCAGAACGGAUCUGUGGAGAACAAGAACCUGCAGCACCUGAUCAACGGGACGGAGCGCCGCAAGGACAGCAAGAGGAGUCCAGGUGAUGUUCUGGAGACUUUUAACUUCCUGGAGAAUGCAGAGGACAGCGAUGAAGAAGAGGAAGAGGAGGGAGACCUGAUGGACGACAUCAGCGCUGACAAACACCACCGAGCCAAGAAACACAAGACAAAGGUGGGGAACGAGGGCUUGGCGUCGGAGGACGACGCCGACACUGAGGAGGCUCUGAAGGAGUUUGAUUUCCUGGUGACGGCGGAGGACGGAGAGGGAGCAGGCGAGGCUCGGAGCUCCGGAGACGGGACCGAGUGGGCGGAGCCUCUACCGUUUCCUCCCGGAGGUGGGAAGUCCUUCCUGUUGGGGGGGUCGGACGACGUGUUGGAGAGCGUCCUGGGUUUGGGCGACCUCGCUGACCUCACAGUCACCAACGACGAAUCAGACUACAGCUACGACCUGCCGUCCAAUAAGGAGUCUUCGUUCAGGAAGACGUGGAACCCGAAAUACACACUGCGGAGCCACUUCGACGGCGUCCGAGCGCUGGCCUUCCACCCUGUCGAGCCGUGUCUGGUCACCGUGUCUGAGGACCACACCCUCAAACUGUGGAACCUCACCAAGACCGUCCCUGCCAAAAAAAGUGCCUCUUUUGAUGUGGAACCCGUCUACACAUUCAGAGCCCAUGUUGGUCCAGUGUUGUCGUUGACGAUGACGUCCAGCGGUGAACAGUGUUUCAGUGGAGGCAUCGACUCGACCAUCCAAUGGUGGAACAUCCCCAGCUCUAAUGUCGACCCCUACGAUACCUACGAUCCCAGCGUCCUGGCAGGGUCAUGGUUGGGGCAUACGGACGCCGUGUGGGGAUUGGCUUACAGCGGCAUCAAAAACCGCCUCCUGUCCUGCUCGGCCGAUGGAACGGUGAAACUGUGGAACCCGACGGAGAAAAACCCCUGCAUCAGCACUUUCAACACAAACAAGGAGCACGGUGUCCCCACGUCGGUGGACUUCAACGGUUGUGACCCCGCCCACAUGGUGGCCUCCUUUAACAGCGGAGAUGUGGUGGUGUACGACCUGGAGACUUCCCAGAAUACACUUGUGCUGAAAGGGCAGGGAGAAGGCACCCUCCCAGGAUCGAAUCACAUCAAUAAGGUGGUCAGUCAUCCCACGCUGCCGGUCACUAUCACCGCUCACGAAGACCGACACAUCAAAUUCUACGAUAACAAGUCAGGUAAAGUGAUCCAUGCCAUGGUGGCUCACCUGGAUGCAGUGACCAGCCUGGCUGUGGAUCCUAACGGGAUCUACCUGAUGUCUGGAAGUCACGACUGCUCUCUGCGUCUAUGGAACCUCGACAGUAAAACAUGCGUCCAGGAGAUCACAGCUCACCGGAAGAAGAGCGAGGAGGCCAUCUACGAUGUGGCCUUCCACCCCUCUAAGGCCUACAUCGCCUCCGCCGGAGCCGACGCCCUCGCCAGGGUCUACGUGUAGAAGAAGCAGAGGACUGUGGGGCGAGAGACAGACAGCGAGAGAGAGAGAGAGACGGGCUACUCUGUUCACACAGACAGUAUUCAGGUCUGUUCAGGUCACUGAACACAGAAUAUAAAUUAAUGAGAGACUGGAGGUGACGGGAUCUCCAUCAGACAACUGAACACACACACACACACACACACACACACACACUGUUUAGGGUAGGAGGCGGAGGUUUGUUUCCCGCCAACUGACUGAGGAAACUAAGAGACGUUCAGCAGCAGAAACACAAACGUUGUGCAAACGUUGUCUAAACCCUGCAGGUCGACACUGAGCAGCUCACCUGUCAUGUGAUGUUGCCUCCGUCUGCAGAGUCCUGAACGCUGCUCUGAUGACACUACAUGAAUCCCCCCCACACACACACACACACACACACACACACACACACACACACCUCCUUCGCCUCGUGAUAACACUAGUCUGAGCCCGCAGACAUAAAGGAAAAAUCCCGCCAAAAUCAGUCAUGUUCUUGUUUCUACGUUCAGCAGUUUUUUACCUUCUUCUGUGGUGGCGACGUUUCCUGCAGCUUCAGUUUGUGGUUUGACAGCAGAGACAGCUUUCAGAGAGCUUUGUUCGUUCUUUGCUGUGAAUGCGUUGACGCUGAUGGCUACCUUUCCAGUUUGUUUUUUUAUUUUUAUUGUCUUUAUUUGAUAGCAAUGACGGGAAAGAGGUGAUUGGAAACGAGGGACGGACUUUCAUGGUCAGCACGUUAACCCUGAAGGCUUAACGAUGCCAUCAAAUUCACGGCAAGUUUGAGUCCCCACGUAAAGUCUAACUGGCUGCUCGGACAGAAGCAGACGUGAAGUUAACAGUUAAUACAAAGGAACAUAUUUGUCCACUCACAGGUUCACACUCUUCACUCGUCUUCAACACGACGAGUGUCAGCUGUUGGCCAGUUUGUUGACACUACGUGAGAUGACCUCUUAUCUCAUCUGAACGGCUGCUCCUAAUUACAGCUGUAUAACGUGAAUACAGCGUUACUUCUCUGUGAUUCAGUAGAAGUUAAUUGAUUUAUUUUUUGAAAUUACACAGCCAUACAUUUUGGGGUCCCUAACAGAGAAAAGACCCACGGUGCAUUGCAGCAGCAGGGCCGCUUUCAUUUCAAAACUUCUUUGCUUUUUCUCUUUUACUUCAACUGAAGAAUUGGUGCUUUUGUUUCUGAGCGUUCGCACUUGUCAGUGGUGAAUAAACGCAGUGCUGCGAGUUCCUCCUCCGUUAUUGAAGAUUUAAGUAUCUUUUUAAUGGUGCAAGAUGUGUUGGCGUCUGUUGGAAAGUGGAAAGUCUCGUGUUUCUGUGCGUCGCUGCUGCAAAACAUGAAAAAACAUCAGACAUGUCUCCUGAUGGUUGUCAAAAGACACUUCAAGAUAAUAGUAGAAAUCAACAGCCUGAAGGGAAACUACGUUCACCUAAGAGUAAAAGAAAACGGUUUAAUCAGUGGAAUGUGGCACAUUAUGAACUGAACAACAGAAGAACAUCUGAGGGGGAUUUUUCCUUUAAAGCUUCGACCUCCAGCUGCAGCAGAGUAAGAAGAAGAAGAGAAUCCAGCUGCUUAUAACAAAGGAACAGAACAUUUGGUGUUUUAACCCACUGUGGUUUUGUUGUAUUUAAGUUUUAAUCUGAACCAAAGCUUCAGGAAGAGAUGUUGACGUGUCUUAUCUUUUUUACAGCCCCAGUAAGGAAAAUAAUCAAAGAAAUUUAAGAUUUUAAAAUAUGUCAAGUAAACUGAACAUUCGCUCUGGAUUUUGUUUCUAGAGACGGGUUAAAAAUCUGAUAUUCUGUUUCCUGUCUCUCGACGAGGUGUGAGCUGAUUUGGACGUCUGUCCUGACAUCCCUUAAUACACCCCCACCUCAGCCCCUGGUGGGCCAAUCAGAGCCCUGCGUUUCAAACCACCGAGGUAACGAGCGAAGGAUUAAGACGUCAGCGUUACUGUAGUUGCAUAUGGACGUUUUCUGUUUGUGUAAAAUAAAUCUAGUUUUUAUAAUCGUUUUUAUAAACGUGGAAACGUCUAGUUAACGGCACCGAGGACGAUUCUGGUUCCUCAUUCCCGUCAAGUCCUGCCAUCACGACGCUCAGAGGCCCCGCCCUUCUACUUCCUUUUUUCCUGUCGCAUGACAAGCCACGCCUCUGUCGGAAGAUUUCACAAAAUGUAGAAAGUAAAGGAGGGAGGGAGGAGCUGCUGAGGAGUGUUGAGACUCGGCCGAGGAGGAGGAUGGUGCUUGGUGCUCUGAUGGUGAUUGGUGUCAGCACCUGAACGCACCACAGUGUCGGUGUAAACGGCCGAUGAUGCUGCAGUAAAGGUCUUGUUUAUGGAGAAGCUGCAGGUUUGAGGCUCAUCGAGGAGCCUGGAAACCCCACCGGUUCAGGUGGAGGUGUCGCCCCUCUCAGCUGCUGCUCCUCCUCCUCGUCUUCAUAUCACUGUGUGAGUUUUCACUUUGAGUACAUUUUCUUCAUCACAGCUGAAGUUAUUUAUAUCAUUAAAUGGUUUUUAGUCUCGUCCUUACAAGAAGAAGAACCGGUUUGAGCACCCAGGAGAAACGGUCCAAUCAGAGGCCUCCUGGGGCGUGUUUUUGAAGACAAAGCUGCCAUCUGAUUGGCUAAACAUCCCUACCUGCUCUGACAGGCAGAGCUUUUCUUUAUCGUUGUGGUUUGUUCUCCACAGUUUCUGGUUUAAUUACAUUUUUUUAACUGAAGGGAUUUGUAACUCAAGUUGCUUCUGAUUGAUCACAACAGAAUCUUUUAUUUUGGUUUUGACCCGCGCUACAACUUACUGUGUAACUAAAGACUUUUUUUUGUUUUUGUUUGUGUAAUGCAUGAUUAAUACAACAAAAGUAUUUUUUCUAGUCUUCCGGAAAAAUUGAGGAAAAAAGUUCUGAUCAGUUUGCGAGUUUUGUAAGUUUUUUUUUUUUUGUUUUUUUUGAUUUACAAACUAUGAAACAGCAGAUUUUAAAGAUUGUACCACAUAACAGAAUACAACUGUAUAUAAAAUGUCUAUAAUAACUAUUAAAUGGUGUACCUGUACAGAG